CGAUGCGACGAGUACGUAAGAAAAUUUUCAACAGUGAACAACGUCGGACACGCGAUAAUUCGUUGUGGUGAAAAUUGCAGAAAAUCGAAGUGAAAAUGUGCAUAAACUGAUUAAAAACUAGUGCAAAACGUCACUCAGAGUAGCUUCGUUGUGAAAGCAAUUCAUCGAAUCAGUGUUGAUUGAUUUGUAUAAAUAAGUUCUUGGAAGCAGAAAACACAAUCAAAAGUAGUGAGAAGAAGAGUGUUAGGUGUGACCGCCCGCGGGGUAAUUCCCACUAGGUGCGGCACUAAAGUGUGUUAUUCCCAAGUUGGAUUUGAAAUAGUGGCAUUCCCCUAGUGUAGUUGGUGUUGUGAAAAGUAUCAGGAGAAGAACGUCUUAAGCGACGGAAGUGCAACCAUGGCGGCCACGCUCGACCAGGCAGUCGUGGAUAGACGGGCAAGGGAGAUCGAAACAGAAUAUAUGUCCUCUCUUGCCGAUUUGAAUGUCAACAGUAAGCCGCUGAUCAACAUGUUGACGAUCUUGGCCGAGGAGAACCUGGAUUACGCUCCCAUAAUCGUGAAUGCCGUCGAGAAGCAUCUCGCCAAGGUUCAACCGGAUGUGAAGUUACCCAUCCUGUAUCUCGUUGAUUCCAUCGUGAAGAACGUUGGCAAGCAGUACCAGCUGCUGUUCAGCCAGGUUAUUGUCAGCAUGUUCUGUGGAGUGUUUGAAACGGUGAACGAACGAGUUCGUGAAAAGAUGUUCAAUCUGCGCCAGACGUGGAAUGAAGUUUUUCCACAGUCCAAGCUGUACGCUCUGGACAUCAAGAUUAAUUCGAUCGAUCCUGGAUGGCCCAUCACAGCGCAGCUGAAACCGUCGAAAUCACCCGCCAUACACGUUAAUCCCAUUUUCCUUAAAAAUCAGCAAAUUCCUGAUCCAACUCAGGAUAUGCAACAGCAGCUUCGCGACAAACAACGUGAACUGCUGGAACUCCAGAAUAAAAAGCUCGAACUUGAGCUCAUGGCUACGAAAAAACGCAUUGAAGAGCAAGAAAAGCAAUUGGUUCUCCAAACGGCCAGCGUAUCAAAAGAGCCCGUAACGGACAUGAAACGUCCAGCUUCCGCAGUUGGAUCGACGGUCGUUCCUCCUCCACGCGGUCGUAUCGUUCCACCAAAUGCAGCAAUGAUAAACCUAGUCAAAUCUCGUGACCCACGGUUAGCGCGUCAACAGGCACAACUUGUAGCACAGAUGACAGCGGCCAGCACCAAUUCGACACCUACAAUGGUCGGAGGUGUUCAGGUUCCUCCACAUCAUCCGAUUGCUCUUGAUCCGUCUUCCGGUAAACCGCUGAGCAUUAGAGAGCGUUUGGGAAGGAUACCCAAGCGUACAGAUCCGCGGAUGAAGGCAGCUCAAGGCACAGAUGCAGAUCGUAAAAAAGCAACCAAUGCGACAACGACUAGUACUGCUAGCAAUUCUUUAUCCCCAUCACAUCGGUCACGUAGCGAAUACGAUCCUACGAAGAAACGUGAGAAGAAGGAUGAAACAACAUCUAAAUCGGGCAGAAGCCCGUCCUCAAAGUCGUCCAAUUCGGACAAAAAGAAAUCAUUGACUGAAAUGUCUUCGCCGAAAAGUAGCUCCCCUCUCAAGAAGAAGUCUUCUUCCCUUUCGGAAAAGUCACCUUCCCGAAGUGAGAAGACUUCUCCUAAGCUACGUGAAGGUAAAAUCAGUAAAGGUAGCAAAUCCGCUGCCCGUCGACCUGGAGAUACCUCCAAGAGUUCCGAUGAUUCCUCAGUUUCGCCAUCGUCAAGCAGCGAAAAUCUGAUGCCGGUUGCCAACGAGUCCAAGGAUGUGGACCUGCGACUGUUGAUCCCGGAGAAGAAGCUGAAACUGGAUCAGCAGCAGCCGCCCCAACAACAACAGGCAAAAUUAGUUAGCAAACCACUACCUGAUCAAAAGAAAGCCCUGAGCGAAGCAGUAGCCACAGACAACGUACCUUCACCCCCGAUGGCGAUAUCCAGGGACGUCGACCUUCGUAUUCCACCGCCGGGUCUGUUGAAGGAUGUUUCGGACAGCAUUGUGCCCCUUGUGGCUCCUGUGGUUGCGGCCACCACCACCACUGCCAGCAGCACCAGCGAAGUUGCUCCCAUCAUGGACGCUAUUCCGACGACGCUGGGUGCUGGCACGGGAUUACCGUCGGAUGGAAUUAAGAAACGGCCGAGUAAUGCAAAGCUUGAAGAACCAGCCAUCAAGAAGAGCAAGUCGGAGAAACUAGAUAUAUUAUUUGGGAACGAGGAUGUUGAUCUCAGGAAGCUAGCGGGGCCGAUGAAUCCCAUCGAUCCGAUUACACCUCUACCCCCACCCCCACCGAUCAUAUCAGAAGCAACUACGCGACCGAUGGCCUCCAACAGCCUUCAGAAUGAAUCAAUAGACAAGCACAAUGCGGCCCCUUCGUCAAAAGCAGCACUGGAAGCAGUUCGGGCUAAAAUUGCCGAAGCCACCAAGAACAAAGAUCGUGACAAGCUGGGGCGACCGUUGUUGUACAACAAGCUAUCAGAUGAUCCGGUUGAACGACGUCGCUCAUUGAAUCAGACCAAACCGAUGGACGUCGAUCUACGCCAGCAACAGCAACAGUUUCAGCACCAGGAUGCAAUCGGUGAUGAUAGCUCUCAGGAUGGCAUGAAUGCCAACAUCAAAACGAUCGUCGCUCAGGCUCAGGAGCAAAUGGAGAAAGGUGAAAUCACUCCGGAACAGUACAACAUUCUGAUGAAGCAGGUCAUUCAGUUGAACGAAACCCAGAAGAUCCGACAGGCCCAGCGCAUGGAAAUGAUGAAACGUAACCAACAGCCGCCGAUGAUUUCAAUGCCCCUUCAAGCUUCGGAUGACAAUGCCAACACGCAUUCUGGCGAAGAGGUGGCGAGCUUCAGUCCCAGUUUGAGCGACGACGGUGAUAUAAAGCCAAGCGGUCCUCCGGCUGUUGCUCCGCAGGUGAUGAACGAUUUCCGAGGAAAAAUUACACCGAUCGAUGCCAAGCCGAAGAUGGAGCCUCAGUUCCCUAACGCGGCACCAGUUGUGGGUGAUAUUAGGCAACGGGAUCCACGUCGGCAACACGAAACGCGUUUCAAUCCGCAAUGGGGCAUCCGUGCAUCGAUGCCCGUUCCUAAUGCAAUGCCACCGGUAGUGGGACCGGUGUUGAAUCAAAGGCCACCAGGUCCAGCCCCUAUGGUGAAUCCUUGGGAUCAAUCUCCGUUCGCUGUUAUGAAUCCGAAGUUGGCUCCACCGCCCAUUGGACCUCGCUUCCCUCCAGUUCCUAUAAACAAUGGACCUCCAGUCAAUAUGCUCGUUCCUGGAGUGCCCAAGAUGAAUGACAGUGUCAGGACCAUAAACAUUGAUGGCAUUCAACGGGAGAUACGUUUUUACGACGAUAUCGCUGUAAUCUUCAUGAGCUGGGACGAACCGAAAGAGAUCGGUUUCCAGAAAGGAUCCCGAAUGGUCGUGGUCGAUGAUCGGGACUCAUUCGAACUGAGCUUCAAUGAGUGCCACAAGGCCAUCACCAUCGAGAGCAAAGUAUACCAAAUGAAGUUGGGUGCUCCUACUAGAGAACUAUACAUUGAUAGCAGCUGGUACGAGUGCUAUUUCGGGGAUCCACCCACGAACAUCGUAUUGGAUAAUAUCAACCGUGUGUUCAAAAUCAGCGGACCGGCCCCUCAGGUGAAGAUCGGCAAUAGUCGUAACGAUCUAGUCGCUGGUAAAAUCAAUAUGAUUGUCAAUGCUGAGGUCAUUGUUCCCGUAUUCCUUGAUUCUCAAGUUCAAAUGUUCGAAAUAUAUGGCCAAAUGCACAAGCUACAGUUUGCUGAUUUCCUACUAACGGUAGUCAUCGAUGACCAACCCUUCCCGGUGGAGUACGGUGGCCUACCGAAGGUAUUUAAGCUCAGGGGAAAAGAUUUCUACAUCCGGUUUACCGCCGUGCCGAAGUUGGUAGUUCCCGGUCGUGUUUACAUCAGAGACAUGAUCCGAACGCCACUUCACCGUGAUCUUCGAACGCCGCCAAGAGAUCAAAGUCUUCUACCACCCUUCGUUCAACCUAUGAACAAUCUGAUGGCCACAAUGGGAGUUCAACAUUCAGUGCCUUCGUUAUUCCCUGCAGCAGCUUCCAUGCAGCCUAAACAGCCGAUGCACAUGCACCCCACGGCAACCGGUCUGGAUUAUCUGACCAACCUGAUGCCACAUUCAACAUCGCUUGUGAACGUUUCGAACAACUUGGCUGGCUAUCAAAUCCAACCCGAUGACAAACCGGUCGUCCCAUCAGUACCUGCUCCCGCUCCAACCAAACCGACCUCUGGCGGUCUAAACCUACCAAUUCUUCAGAACCUCAACAUAGACGAACUCUACCAGAAGAUCGUUGCCGCUGGAAUUCUCGGCAAGACCAACAGUAUUCCAGCCAAAACUAAUACCCCUACCACCGCCAACACCACUGUCACUUCAUCCACAUCCAGUUCGACCGCUAGUAAGCUGGAGAAAGCCCUUGAAGAAGACUUCGAAGAAAUCGAACCAGUAUUCCUAAACAAACUGGAUACGCUGAAGCGCCGGCAGUCGGCAAUUGUUUCGCAACUAUUCAUCGGAAUGCAGUGUAGCAGCUGCGGCGUCCGAUUCCCUCCGGAACAAACCAUGAAAUACAGUCAACACUUGGACUGGCAUUUCCGACAGAACCGCCGAGAUCGUGAUUCGGCUCGUAAGGCGCACUCUCGUAAAUGGUACUAUGAUGUUUCCGAUUGGAUUCAGUACGAGGAGAUCGAGGAUUUGGAAGAACGGGAGAAGAAUUGGUUCGAAUCACAGCAAACCGAGCAGAUCGAAUUCAACGGUGACGGUGAAUCGGGAGGCGGUCGUGCUGGCGCCGAAACGCCUCCACCAAGCUGUCCGGCUGGAUCGGACGAAGCGAGCAAACGAUGCCACAUGUGCCAUGAUGAAUUUCAACAGUUCUACAGCGAAGAAACGGAAGAGUGGCACCUAAAGAACUCGAUUCGAGUGGAAGACUGUACGUACCAUCCACUGUGCUAUGAAGACUACAAGGCGUCCCUAACAUUGGACGAAUCGGCCAUGAAUGCAACCAACGAGGAGGGAGAUCAAAGUAAGACUGAUGAUGGUGUUAAGGUCAAACAGGAGAAGAUCAGGGAUGCUGGCGACACUGUAAAGGAAAUCAACUUAGAUGAUGACGACGAUGUCAUAGUGCUGCCACCCACGGAGGAUGUCGUUACGGAAAUACCGGACGAUGACGAUAUCGAAACGUUGGAUUCGCAUUCGACGAAUGAUGAUGCGCGAACUACCUCCGCUGCUGGAACAGCUACUACAGCGGAUGAUGAGAAUAGCAAACCUGGCCAAGCGGAAGACGAAUCUAGCAACGCUGCAGCUCCACAGGAACCGAGGAUCGUCGAAACACGAAUCGACGACGACCUCGCCAUUCAGGAACCCACGAUCGAAAAGAUCGAUGUCAACGAUCUGGACGAAAGUGAAUCCAACGUGAAAUCCGACAGGGCGGCCGAAAGCGCGCAGGUGAAGGUGAAGGAAGAACCGCAAGACGACGACGAAGUCGACGAAGAGGAUGAACUAUUUGAGGAUGUUGGCACGAUUGAGUCCUCGAUGGUGGAAAGCUCCAAAGAACCAGACACAGUUGACGUCGAAGCCGUUUCAUCGCCAACGCCUCCACUGGAAAGCACCAGCCAGGGACAGCUGACACCUUCACUCGAUGGCAACGUCGAGCUGCAGGACAACCUAACGACCGGUAUUAUCACGAAUAGAAUUAAAAUCAAUAUCACAAAGGCAAAAACCACCCCGGCGGCUACCAGUAGUAGCACGACUGCUAGUAGCAACCAGACCGGUGGAUCGAGCAUUGCCGUUUUGAUCAGCGGCGGUGGUGGCGGAGGAGGAGGAGGCACCAUGUACGACAACAUGAACGACGAUCUGCUGUACGGCAAUCUCGACGACAUCCAUGGUGGUGGCCACAACGAAAACAGCCAAAGCAACAGCAGCAGUUUGAUGAUGAUCAUGCAUGAAGAAGAACAAGAACAAGAUGCUAAUAAUAAAGGACCGGUCGUGGCGACCGCUGAAGAAACGACUGAUAUUGAUUAUGACUUGAAGCCGAGUCUGCGGGGUAUUGUGUUAACCCGGCAGCCUCGCGUAGAGAACGGAUUUGAAACCUCCGGGCUCUGCUCCAUAAUGUAAGGUGGAUGGGGAAAUGAACUUCUACAAAAGCUACUACUGGUAGAGAGAAGCAGGAAGUGUAGCGAAAACAAAAAUGUGAUAUUAAGCCAUUUCCCGGACGGAACGCCCAAGGGGAUCGCCAGCAAGGGUAAAUGGCACAUUUUAUAAUGAAAGAAAAAGCUAUUAGUCAUCUAAGUUAGUCCCACUACCGGAAUGAACUGUUUCAUUUUUGGCGAAAAAGUUCAGUACUAUCAAAAAACACAAAACAGAUGAAGAGAAUCACAAUUUUUACCUAAGUUAGGAAUUCUGAGUUAUGGUUUAGAUUUAAGUUUUGUAGUUUUGAAGAAACAUGAGUGGAAAUAAAUGAAACCAUAUCCUCCCUUUUGACCCUCCCAGGACUCUCCCGGCGUAAGGCGACACAAAUUAGAAAACAAACAAUCUCUAACGAGCAAAGCAAGUUAUUGCAAUAAAAUAAUGAAUUUCAAGGUUUGUUUUGUAGUGUCUGUUUGCGAAUCGUGCUGAAGGAGAAAGAAAUUUUGCUGCAAUUUCUUGCGUUAGAGAAACUGUAACCGUAGAGGGAAGAUUAUUUCACACACAAGCUUAGUAUUAUGUUUUGUUAGUUUGAAUUUCGAACCUGAGUUAUGUACAUAUUCACACAAAUAGGCAAAUAUUAUUGAAUUAUUAUUUCUUGUGAAGAAAACAUGCAUUAUUUGAGUUUUUUUCCUUACAACAUAAUGAACGGAAAACGUGCAACAUUCACAGGAUGAUUUGUGGAUCACACGGACGACGCUUACAAAAGGUGGGGUUAAAACGAUCGUAGAAAGUAAAUAAUAAAAUAAAAUAAAAACAGUAAUAAUCACUCGUUUUUUCUUGUAGUAAAUAUCGAAAAUAAACGUAAUAUAAUUGGGAUGAAGUGAAAAAUAAAGUUCUAAAUGAGAAAACAAUACCCCUAACUUAGUAUCUAUUUCAUUGUCUAUGACACUUUAGAAUACAAUAAAUCUAUAACUACUAGUAGCAUGUGUGGUGUUUCGGUGAGUUAUCAAUAAAUAGUUGAACAACAAA